AUGAACGCGUUACUCUUUCUCGCCAUCACAUUAGCCGUCGCCGAGGAUGACAUCUACUCUCCAUUCAAGCGUAGUUGUGUGAUCCAGAACCGUAUCAACUCGGUCACAGCGGAAACAAAGAACUUGCAAAUGAGAAUUGAAAUCGACGAACAGCAAGAGAGGAACUUCAUGGACACUCUCUUUUACCUCUACAGAGACUUGAAAUAUGCCACUUUGACUGAAGACAGAACACGACUUGAACUUGAGAUCGAAGGGAUCCAAAAGAAACUCCAUGACGUUAGAACUCACAAGGUCGACUUGUUAAGAGACAUUAGAAAGUCAGCCGAUAAAGUCACUCAACCAUUCAGAGAUAACAUUGCUAGAACUAACAGAAUCGAACGACACGUUGGACUUGAAGACUCCGGAAACUUUGUCGAAGAACGUUAUAAGACUCAAGACUCCAUUAAGAAAAUCACUGAGGCUUUGGCUAACAAAUACGCUUCCUUGGCUGCUAAAGUAGAGGCCCAAAACGUCGUCGAAAAGGCUACUAAGAAGUUUAAGAACGACGCUAAGAAGAUCAAGGAAUACGUCGAAAAGAAAGCUGAAGCUGCUUAUAAGGACAUCCACGCUAAGGUCGUUAAAGCAAUUAAUGGUGCGACUGAGAACGGUGUUGUCAGAAGUGACGUCGAGGCCGUUGCUAAGACUGCUAUCGAAGGGUUGGUUAACACUCUCGAGAUGAAAGCCGCUGCUCUCCCAAACAUUAAAGUUGCUGAGAAACUUGCUGAUAAGAUCGUCAAGACACAACUCAAGGGCGUAAAAAAGACUACUAAGAAAGUCGCAAAAAAGGCCACAAAGAAGGCUACCAAGAAAGUUACAAAGAAGACCGCUCCAAAGAAGAAGUGA